AUGUCAUCUUCAUUCUUUUUAAAAGGCAAAUCGAGACAAGUUUAUAAAAGAAAAGGUGACAAAAUUAAGAAAAACAAUCCUAAGAAACAGAGUGCACAUAACCUCGAAAACGGCAAUGAAUCCUCUGAAAGUGAUCUAGAUAUACGAAAGUUCUCAGAGGCCGAAGAGUCUGAAAGUGAUCAUGAGACUGCUGAACAGAAGAAGCUACGUCUAGCUAAAAAGUACUUAGAAGAAAUUGAAAAAGAAGAAGCAAAAAGGGCAGAACUAAAAGAAAUUGAUGAUGUGGUUGGAGAUCGUCUUAAAAAGGAUUAUUUGGAACUUAAAGGUAAACUAAAAUAUGAAAUCGCAGAGAAAUUCGAAGAGCCUCGCCAAGAAGAUUUACGGUUUAUUCGCGCCAAAGAACAUCGUUUAACUUUAACAUGUGUGUGUAUCAGUAGCGACAAUAGUUUUGUGUUCACUGGAAGCAAAUGUGGAACCAUAGUUAAGUGGGGUGUCAAAGAGAAAAGAAAACUUGGAAGCUUAACCUAUAAAACACAUUCACAUUUUCUGAAGGGUGGUAUAGUAUCUAUUGCAAUAUCUACAGAUUCAAAAUAUUUAGUUUCAUCUGAUGAGUCCCCAAAUAUCCAAUUAUGGGACCCACACACACUUAAACACAUUCACACUUUCAAAGGUCAUAAAGAUUUCAUAACAGGGCUUGUAUUUAGAAAGAAUACACACGAUCUAUACUCCGCUAGUAAAGACAGGUCUGUGAAGAUUUGGUCACUGGAUGAAAUGGCAUAUGUAGAAACGUUGUUUGGUCACCAAUCACCUAUUACAUCAAUAGAUGCGUUAACGAGAGAGAGAGCUAUCACUGCAGGAGGCCGAGAUACAUCAGUACGAGUAUGGAAGAUAGCUGAAGAGUCACAGUUGAUAUUUAAUGGACCAAUAGGAAGUUUAGAUGAAGUUAAACUGUUAGAUGAGGAACAUUUUGUUUCAGGCAGUGAUAACGGAUCUUUGUGUGUGUGGAGUUUACUCAAAAAGAAGCCUUUAUGUACAAUAACAGAAGCUCACGGCUCUGAAAAUGAAGUCCCAAGGUGGAUCACCAGUUUGGCAACUCUAUUGAACUCUGAUGUCUUUGCAUCUGGUUCAUAUGACAACAAUGUAAAGCUGUGGCGAGUUUGUGAACAGUAUAGAAAGGUCUUACCAAUGUUUAGUGUCAAUGUGUGUGGUUUCAUGAACUGUAUGCAGUUCACUAAUGAUGGGAGGCAGCUAUAUGUUGCUGUUGGACAAGAGCAUAAAGCUGGUAGAUGGUUUAAAUUAGGCAGUGCCAAGAAUGGACUAUUAAUUGUUAAUUUUAAUAUUAAGACAGCAUUUAAAAUAAAUGUAUUUUUUUAA